CAAGCCAGCCCGGCCUGAUGGCCACCGAGGUGGCGGCGGGGCCCAGCGCCCGGCUGCCCUCGUCCCCAGCGCGGAGGGAUUUCUACUGGCUCCGCUCUUUCGUGGCGGGAGGUGUUGCAGGAUGUUGUGCCAAAACAACCAUUGCACCUUUGGAUCGAGUCAAGAUUUUAUUGCAAGCUCAUAAUCGUCAUUAUAAAAAUCUAGGUGUGCUUUCUACAUUGUAUGCUGUCCCGAAAAAGGAGGGUUACCUAGGAUUCUAUAGAGGAAAUGGAGCAAUGAUGAUUAGAAUCUUUCCAUAUGGUGCCAUUCAGUUCACAGCAUUUGGACAGUAUAAAAAGAUGAUAAAGAAGAACCUUGGCAUUUCUGGACAUGUACAUCGGUUAAUGGCUGGUUCCAUGGCAGGUAUAACUGCAGUAAUUUGUACUUAUCCUCUUGACAUGGUGAGAGCACGUCUGGCAUUCCAAGUGAAAGGGGAUCAUAAAUACACUGGGAUUAUUGAUACAUUCAAGACCAUUUACACAAAGGAAGGUGGCAUGCAAGGAUUUUAUCGAGGGCUUAUGCCAACAGUAGUAGGAAUGGCUCCGUAUGCAGGUUUCUCAUUUUUUACCUUUGGUACCUUAAAGAGUGUGGGACUUGCCCAUGCACCUACCUUGCUUGGGAGGCCUUCCUCAGAUAACCCUGAUGUCUUAGUUUUGAAAGCUCAUGUAAAUUUGCUGUGUGGUGGCAUAGCUGGAGCAAUAGCACAGACAAUAUCCUAUCCUCUUGAUGUAACGCGUAGACGAAUGCAGCUGGGAGCCGUGCUUCCAGAUUCUGAAAAGUGCCUUACAAUGGUACAGACACUGAAGUAUGUUUAUGGAAACCAUGGAAUACGAAGAGGGUUAUACCGUGGCUUAUCCCUGAAUUACAUCCGUUGUAUUCCCUCACAGGCAGUGGCCUUCACCACUUAUGAAUUUAUGAAACAGUUCUUGCACCUCAAUUAAAAACAGAAAUGUAAUUUAAAAAGUUCUUCUUUUUUGUUGCAUUU